CACACAACAGGAGUGCAAAGUAUGUGUGGCUGUACACACAGUACCGGGGACCAAGUGCUCCACUCAGAAGGGGAGCCCCAUCCUUCUGCAGCCCCAACAUCCACCUUUGCACCUAGGAAAAUGCCCAAAAGCAUGUCAAUAUCCAAACAACUGGCUUCAAUAAAAGCUCUGGGGAAAGGCUCAGAUCUGGAAAAAGCCAUGGUCACCAUUGCUCUGAUUUUCAGAAACUCUUCAGACCCUGAUGGUAAACUUGGAAAAGCCACUGCCAAAAAUCUGCUGCAAACCCAAUUUAGGAAUUUCACUGAGAUUGUAUUCAUAGGGAAGAUAUCCAAGAAAAAAGGAGGCCUCUUGCAGCGCUUAGAAACACCAAUAUUUAUUGGGACAAGAAACCAAACCCAAAUACAGAGCGAUCCUUUCUGAACUUGAUGAGCACACAGAAAAUAAGCUUGAUUUUGAGGAUUUCAUGAUCUUGCUCUUAAGCAUCUCUGUAAUGUCCGAUCUGCUGCAAAAUAUAUGGAGUGUAAAAAUUAUGAAAUAAACAGCUUUAAAAACAUAGUUAGACAAAAUAGAGGCAAAAGAUGGUGUUAAAUGAUUAGAGUUUUCCAUCUUAUUUUCAAUUAAUUGAAUACAUGAUGAAGCAUCUGGAAUUGCCUGGUUUGUUUCUGAUUUCUACUAUUCAGACCCAAUAUUAUUCUAAAAGCUUAAUUAUGCUCUUCAGUAAUGUUAGAAUUAUAUUGUCCCUGGGUGCUUUGCGAUCUGAUAGAUUUUAUACCACUGAUUGGCAAAUUGCUUUUGCAGAGUCAGAAGUGACCUAGAGCUCCCUCACUCAUGCAUUCAACAGUAUUUGUUGAGUCUUACUUUAUGAAAGGCAAUACUGGGGAUAAAGUGAUGAAUUGUCCAGACAGUCCCUUCCCUCAUGGAUCUUACAAUUUAGCAUAAGAGAUGGAUAAUGAACACCUUAUAAAUCAAUUGCAUAUGUAACUAUAAUUGGGAUAAGGGCUACAGGAUGCUAAAAGAGCCUCUUACCUGACCUGGGCUCAGAGGUUAGAGAAGUCUCACUGACAUUCAAUAAAUGGCAAAACAGUAGGGGGGUGAUCUAAGAUGGCGGCAUAGAGAGGAGUGGAAGCUAAGUAGUCCCCCUGGAACAACUGAAAAAAAAAACAGAAACAGCUAGUAAAUAAUCCAAAAUAACUUCGGGGGACAAACGGUACC